GAUAUGUAUCACAGAGUCUGCCAAGAAAAUGUUCACUUUCUCCACUCCAUGUAGCGCAUAAAACAAUCAUGGCAACCUUCACCUUUAUUCAGCAUUAGACUUACGCAACAAUCAACAGCAGCUAGGAUGAACCAGUCACACAGCAUUGGUCAAGGCAACUGUUCAAUCAGUGACUUCAAACGGAAUGUCUAUCCAGCCGUCUACCUGUGUAUCUUCUUCUUGGGAUUAUUUGCCAGUCUUGUCUCGUUAUGUUAUUUCAUUGGUGUGAGAAGGACAAGAAAAGCCUUCAGUUCAGUCCACAUCUUCAUGGUGAACCUUCUCAUUUCUGACCUGAUGCUGGUGUGCUCCCUGCCACUCCGAGCUGCCUACUACCUCAUGGAUUCCCACUGGGUUUUCGGGGACGUCACUUGUCGCAUCAUUGGUUUUGUGUUCUAUGUCAACAUGUAUGGCAGCAUUUACUUCUUAAUGGUCCUUAGUAUAGUUCGCUUUGUGGCCAUUAUUAAGCCCUAUAGCUAUGUGUAUUUACAAAGGAACCAAGUAGCUUGCCUGGUGUGUGGCUUCAUUUGGCUGUUGGUGUUAGUAGUAUGUAUCCCUCUUUUGGAUGCAGGCACGUCUGAGGAUUCAUCUGGCCAGAUCAAAUGCCUUGAGCUGGACGUGUCUCAAUUGACUUCCAUCAUCACCUUGAACAAAGCUGCGCUAUUCUUAGGCUUCAUCUUACCCUUUGUAGUCAUUUCAGUCUGUUAUCUAAUUGCAGCUAGGAAAUUGCUACAGCUUAGGAACGUUCCAGGGAGAAGAAAACCCCAUUACAACAAGUCCUGCGCACUGGUGAUCAUUGUUCUCAUCAUUUUCCUAGUGUGCUAUAUGCCAUAUCAUGUUGUGCGCACUGUCUUUCUGGAAGCUGAAAGACAGGUUAAAAAUAAUGGCUAUGAAACAUGUCAGUACAUUGAAUUGUUAAGGAAAGCAGCUGUGGUUACACAUUGCCUGGCUGCUGGAAACAGCUGUUUGGAUCCUCUUCUAUACUUCUUUGUGGGUGAAAACUUCUGGAGCUUUUGGCGUAAGGAAAAAAGGAGGAAGCUGAGCAAAAGAUUCAAUCACAAGAAAAACCGAUCAAAAAGUACUACAAGGACAGAGUUAGAAGAGGUCCAUGCUCAAAAUGGCAUGUGAAGUGUGACUGAAAGGCACCUGGACGUUUUGCCCUGUGACCUUUGCCCUGUGUUCCAGUUAUUUCAUUUCAACAGCAUGUUUAAGGAUAUUUUUUUAUAAAUUUGCUUAGAACCAUUGCUGCUGUAGAGUUCUACAUAGAUCCUUUAGAGGUUUCCCAGAGGGAGAAACCAAAGAAAUGUUUUGGGGUGUUGGAUGGACAGAAAACUGGAGAUUUUUAAACAAACACGAUGUACACAAUACAUAAAUAAUAAAAAAAAAGUAAUUGAAAUAAUUUGUAUAUCAUAGUUGGCAUAAUUGUGUUGAAUUUCAGAUAAAUCUAUAUGAAAAACACAGCUAAACUAACUCCAAGCCCUGCAUCAUAAAUUCUGUAAUAUUACAUUGUUUAAUAUGUUAAAAUAUUAAGAGGCAGUGACUAUACCAUUCAUGUAUGUACCAUUCAUAUUCUCAUAAGCAGUACAGUAGUAAAAGUAGUAAGAAACAAUAUUUCUGAAUCACUGCUCACUGUGUACAUGGGUUUUGUUGUUAACUAAACAUAAUGUAAAGCCUGAAUGUGUAUUCCUUAAAUGUUUGCAAAAAUUA